UGCAGAAAAAUGUAUGGGGAAUAUGAAGUGGUCAAUCCCGAUAUUUGUGGCCAUAUCAACGUCUGGGAUAGUAAACGCCAACACAUUUAAAGGCAGCAGGACUUUGUUUGCUGCUUCGAGAGAAGGAUAUUUUCCGAAAUACCUGUCCAUGAUUUACGUUCAGAAAAAAACAUUGGUACCCGCCAUCAUUACAAUGGGUAUGGUUGCCUGUGUCAUUAUGCUAGGAAUGGAAAUGAUUUCCCUGCUAAAGGUGUACUCUUUCCUUAAUGCACUCUACUGCUUUACGGCAAUUGUGGGGAUAUUUAAAUUAAGGAGGACGCAUAACCCCAAAGACGCCCUUCGGUUACCGAUAGUGAUUCCUAUAGCCUACACGUUUCUGAGCCUAUUCAUGACCGUGGCUGCUGUAGUAUACAACCCUGGUGUGGUGGUAGCCAGCGUCCUGUGUAUAACCGUCGGAAUUGUUCUGAAGCUGCUGUCACUUGUUGGGCAAGCAAAAGACUCUGUUUUCCUGAGGAUAUACAUCAAAGUACAUCGGCCGAUCGUCAAAUUUUGUCACGCUGUAUUACUAAGCGAAUUUACCCAGGACUAGCACAUACUUGUUAGGUUAAACCAGGGAAUGGUUUCAUCAUUAACCGUGAUUAAUAAUUGGUCUAAAAUUGUAAAGUGUUGUUUUAAGAAAAUUCAAUAUGGCGUGUGCUUAGUUUUAUCUUGUCACUAGGAAAGGGACAUUUUAUCGUUAAAGAGUUUAAAAUGGCAUAGCUAGUCAUAGUCGAGAAGGACAAAACAUACCCUAGAUAUACAAAAUUGGA